AAUUUUCUUACUCCUUGGAAGAAAGGCCAUCUUCGGCAUUUUGGGGUCACCGUCGUCCUUCCGGCAUCCGCUGUCGCCGCCGUCUCCUACUCUGUUCGAACCCUGAUGCCAAAAUUUCUCAUCGAUACCUCUCCGGAACAGCCAUGGCGUGGCGCUUCCUUUGGUUCCAGUUACUAAGAAGAACCCCUUCGUCUCUUCUCCUGCAUUCCUCUCGUCCAACUCUUUCCUCAAUUCCCCCUUUUUCUCCUAGGAACGUUCUUCUCACCAAAAUCAACAGGUCCGAUUCCUUUGUUUUCCUUAAUUGCUCGGUUUUCGCGAGGGGUUUGAGUUUUGGGUUGGUGAACCUCGUGCUAUCUGAUGGGAAGCCGAAGUUCGAAAUCCACGAGAUGGAUCCGCCAAAGAAGGAGAAGUGGAAGAGUAAGAAACGGCUAAAGAUGCAGAGGAAGAGGGAGAAGAGAAAACGGAAGGAAGCGAACAGGAGAGACCCUCGUCGAAUUGGUCCUAAAGGGAAGAAGAAGCAGAAGUUCCCCACUGCUGAAGCCCGGAUCAAGUACAAGAUAGAGAAGGCUAAAGUAAAGGAAACAUUAUUGGUAGAAAAGCUUAAGAAAUAUGAAGUUUCCCAAAUUCAAGGUCCAAAUCCAGAAGAAAACUUAACAGGAGAGGAAAGAUUUUACAUAAAAAAGAUGGCACAAAAAAGGUCUAAUUAUGUGCCAAUUGGAAGGAGAGGCAUAUUUGGAGGAGUAAUUCUUAACAUGCAUUUACAUUGGAAAAAACAUGAAACAGUUAAAGUUCUUUGCAAACCCUGCAAACCGGGUCAGGUUCAUGAAUAUGCUAAAGAGUUAGCUCGGCUGAGUGGCGGAGUUCUGAUAGAAAUUAUUGGAAAUGAUACAAUAAUAUUUUAUCGCGGCAAGAACUAUGUGCAGCCGGAAGUAAUGUCCCCUGUUGAUACCUUAUCUAAGAAAAGAGCACUUGAAAAAUCGAAGUACGAGCAAUCUUUAGAAACUGUGAGAAGAUUUAUCGCAAUAGCUGAGAAGGAACUAGAACUUUAUUACAGACAUAUUGCACUUUACGGCAAUCCAAAUACUCGAAAUGCAGAUUUUGUUUACGACCAAGAAAGAAAAAGGCUCCCUAACACAAAAAAUAUGGUUUCAAGAUUUGUUGCAGAAGAAAAUGCUGCUGACUGUAGCAAAACCUUUUCGGAAGAACCUCUGGAUGAAAUUAGUUUAAAUAAUGAAUAUUUUAGUGCAGAUGAGGCUGCUUCUGAUGACUAUUUCAUCGCUGGAAUUGAAGAUGAUUCUGAUGAUGAAAAUCUCACAGGAACUGAAACAGAUUCAGAUGAUGAACUUGGAGAAAUUAAGGUUCUGCAGUAGAAAAAAUGCAUGAAGAAAUGGCAUCCCUAAUCUAUUUUGUACAAAAGCAGCUCUUAUGUGGAGAGUUAUGGGGUUUCUUGAGAAACUUCAAAACCACGGGAAGCUGAACUCAUAGUUGUCACCACUGCUGCAACUUACUAACCGCAACAAGGUUUUUCUUCGUCUCUUCUUCUAUUCCUCUUAAAUCUUUCACUGUUCUUGAUUAUAAAUUUCUUUAUUUUGCUUAGAGAAUAAGCAUUUGAAUUUAGUUUUUCACAAUAUUAACAAUGUU